GGCAACCACUUUGACCAGUAUGAAGAAGGGCACCUGGAGAUAGAGCAGGCAUCCCUGGACAAGCCGAUCGAAUCGGAUAAUAUUGGACACCGCUUACUCCAGAAACAUGGCUGGAAGCUGGGCCAGGGAUUGGGGAAGUCGCUGCAGGGGAGGACAGAUCCCAUCCCUAUCGUUGUCAAGUAUGAUGUCAUGGGCAUGGGGCGGAUGGAAAUGGAGCUUGAUUACGCUGAAGAUGCCACCGAGCGGAGGAGAGUGCUGGAGGUGGAGAAGGAGGACACCGAGGAGCUGAGGCAGAAGUACAAGGAUUAUGUUGACAAAGAAAAGGCAAUUGCCAAGGCACUGGAAGACCUCAGAGCAAACUUCUACUGUGAACUCUGUGACAAGCAGUACCAAAAGCAUCAAGAGUUUGACAACCACAUCAACUCUUAUGAUCACGCUCACAAGCAGGUAAACAAGUAUCUCAAGCAGAGGGAGUUUGCUCGCAACGUCUCUUCAAGAUCACGUAAAGAUGAAAGGAAGCAGGAGAAGGCCCUGCGGCGCCUCCACGAGCUGGCUGAGCAGAGGAGGCAGCCUGAAUGCGCUCCUGGAAGCGGACCCAUGUUCAGAACCACAACGGUGGCUGUGGAUGAGGAAGGUGGAGAUGAUGGUGAUGAUUCUGCAGCCAACAGCAGCUCUUUCAUCCAGUCGACUUCUGGCCAAGCUUCAGAGAUGAGUAUGGACAGAGGUUUCCUAAACACUGGACAAGUCGCUGGCACUGUUACACCAAGCCAAAUGCCCAUCCAGGGAGCACAGGCAAUCAGCUUUGGCAUCAAGAGUACUUUGGGAACUCCCCUGCAGAAGAUAGGUGUGUCUUUUUCAUUUGCAAAGAAAACUCCAGUAAAGCUUGAGACCAUAGCUUCUGUUUUCAAGGACCAUGUGGAAGAAUCGAGCGCUGCAGAUGGAGCAAAAGCUGAUGAGAAAGGGUCCUCAGAGGCAGGGAGCCUGCAGAAACCUGGUGAGGGUGAAAGCACAAAUAAUUCUGAUGGCAAGGCAGAGGAAGAUGACCAACAUGACAAAGACAGCGGGUCUCUAGCCACUACCUUAUCGAAACUAAAAAAGAUGAGACGAGAAGAUGGACCAAUGGCAGUUGAACCAGAAUACUACCACUAUAUUCCCCCAGCCCAUUGUAAAGUGAAGCCUAACUUUCAAUUCCUGCUUUUCAUGAAGUCUACCGAACAAAUGGAAGCUGAAAAUGUGAACAAAAAAGCCACCCAUGAAGUUAAAAAGGGUGGUUCUCCAAAACCCAAACCCAACAAGCACCCAGAGAAGGCUGCUGAGAGCACGGGGCAGCAGAAGGAGCAGAGCACUACUGAAAGCACAGCUCAGCAGAGCAAAACUGAGCUAAAAGAAGUCCUGGAAAAUGCGAGUGUGCAGGAGAGCAAACACCUAACAGAGAGCAACCUCCCUGAGCCAGACACUGCUAAAGAAGCCCCACAGCCUGCCUCAGGCUGUAAGAAUGUCUCUGAAGGACCAAAGCAUCCCACAGGACCUUUUUUCCCUGUCCUAAGUAAAGACGAGAGCACGACCCUCCAGUGGCCUUCAGAGCUUCUCAUAUUUACCAAAGCAGAACCAUCGGUUUCGUACAGUUGUAACCCCCUGUAUUUUGAUUUCAAGCUCUCCCGCAAUAAAGAUGCUAAAGGCAAAGGGGCAGAGAAACCCAAGGAGCCAGGGGGGCUUUGUAAAGAAAGUGGUCAGAGCACAGAACUUGGUGAGAUGAGCAAACCCAAGGAGGCAGAAAGCGUAGCCAACAGUUCUGCUCUGAAAAUGGAAACCAAAUCUCUGUCCAACUGUGGCUCCCAGAACAAGCUGGAGUCCUGCUUGGCGAGUGUUAGUAAGGGAGAGGUAGAGGAGAGUAGUAAAAGCGUAAUGGGGAAGAGCAAAUCUGGCAGGUCCCAUAAACACAAAAAGAAAAAGAAGCACAAAAAGUCCAGCAAACACAGACGAAAACACAAGGAGGCGGCUGAUGAGAAGGGCCGGAAAACUGACCUGGGGGAAGAGAAACCCAAGAAACGGCGAAGACACCGGCACAAAAAAGGCAAAUCCUGUCUUUCGACUGAAUCGGAAUGGGCCCUGAAAGCAGAACUGCCCGAGGAGUGUGGGCACUGCCCGAGGAGAAAGCGCUGCUCCCAGGAGUCCCAGAGGAAGUCUCUGUCUGCAGAGGAGGGAAGCAGUGGUAAGAAAGAGGACAGUGGUAACUCCUGCCUGGAGCACUGCGGCAGGAAGCACAGGGCUGACCUGCAGCAGUUCCCUGCUCCGAGGCGGCGGUGUUUGGGUCCUGCCCCGGGCAGGGCUGCCCGCAGGAGCCGGCAGAGCAGCGGGGACUACGACAGCGAGGAGGGCUCCCCCGGGAAGCGCUGCCGGCAGAAGUCUCCCUCGCACUACAGCGAUGACGAUGACUCUGGCAGCGAGCGGUCCCGGAGCCGCUCCCGCUCAGGGCGCAGGCACUCCUCCCAUGGGUCCUACUCCUCCAGCUCCGACGCCUCCUCGGACCACAGCCGCUACAGCCGCCGCAGGAGCUACUCGGACGACAGCUACAGCGAUUACAGUGACCGGUCGAGGUGCCACUCAAAGCGGUCCCAUGACUCGGAGGAUGACUCUGACUACAACAGCUCGAGUCACAGAUCCAAGCGGCACAAGUACUCUUCCUCUGACGAUGACUACAGCUCGAGUCGGAGCAGGUCAAGGAGCCGGAGCAGGAGCACAACCCACCCUCGAGGCCGAGGUGAAGGAUCCUCACUGAAGAAAGAGGAUAGCAAAGGAGAGGAUCUGAAAGGAUCUGGCUCACUCUCCCAAAACAGCAGCGGCUCCGGCACGGGUAGGGCCUCGGAAGGGGACUGCAGCCCCGAGGAGAGAAACUCCGUCACUGCAAAGCUGCUCCUGGAAAAGAUUCAAUCCAGGAAGGUUGAGAAGAAGCCCUGCGUCACUGACGAGAUGCUCCCAGGGGCAAACAAG